UUGACAAAUUGACAAUAAUACAAAAGUAAAUUGAAAGCAAAUCUAAUUGUUGCAUGGAAAUUUUGAAAAUUAUUUAAAAAUGCAAAUGGAUCGGAAGAAGGCUCAAGAAGAAAUGCGUCGCUUAAUGGCUGAACGCAAAAAGAAAGACAUAAAGCCUGUAAAAAUUGAUAACCCUUUGGCAAAGUACAAUAGUGCUGGACAACUUAUGUGCAUAUUGUGUUCGUCUGUUGUGAGAUCAGAGAAUGUUUGGCAGGUUCAUUUAAAUAGCAAACAGCACAGAGGAAAUGUCGAGCAAGCAAAGAAGUUAAAACAAUUGACUAAUAACUUUACAGUCGCCAAACAGAAGAGGUUAAGCCCACCAAAGGAUGCCCCUCCCGAGAAAAAAAUAAAAGGAAUAUUAAAGAAUGCAAGUACACCAGCACCCGUCAUACAGAAACCAAAAAACAAUGCUCCAGAUAUAAUAACUUUUCACAAUGAAGAAAUUAAACGAGCACCACUUAAUCCCGUUGUUGUUGAAGCAGUAAAACAAGAAGCACUGAAUCCAUCAUCUUCCAAAGUGAAGGAAGAAGACAAACUGCAACAACCAGAUCAGCCUAUACCUGAAGGGUUCUUUGAUGAUCCUAUUUUAGAUGCUAAGGUAAGAAACAUUGAAUAUAAGGAUCCAGUGGAGGAAGAAUGGGAAAAGUUUCAAAAAGAAAUAAAAGAAGAGGCCACAACAUCUGCAGAGAUUAUUGCAGGUGAACAAGAAGAAGCUACUGCCGAACGACAAAUAGAGGAAAUUGAUGAACAAAUGCGUAUUUGGUCGAGAGUUUUAGACUUAGAAUUGAAAAAAGACGAAACUAAGAAGAAAAAGCAGGAAGUCGAACAAAUGAGCGAAGAUGAAGAUGAUGAAUCAGACAGUGAAGCUAAUUUGGAUGAAUACCUAGAUUGGCGAGCAAAAAAGUCAUACAGCUAACCUUUACUUUUUUACUUUCUAUUGUAACAUUGUAUCUACAAUAUUACUGUUUUUUUAACAUAAACAUAAGUAAGUAAAGGCAUAAUGUUGUUA